UGGAUAAGUAAGAAUACUAAUUAUUAUAAAUAACGUUCUACAAAUGGCACUUGUUCGAUGUACUCAACGACUGAAUUAUAUAUUUUUACCAAUGUUUUCAAAUUCAGUCCUUUAUCAUCAUUCUAUGAAGUCCAUAGAUUCGGUUUCAACAAUGCCAGUUAUAAAACAAGAAACAAUACAAAAAAUAGGACAAUUAUCGUUACUUAAUGUUGAUGACGAUUAUGGUUUAUCUGUUCUAAAAGCUGCAAUUAUUUUUACAGAAAAUUUACGCAAUACAAAGAUUAAUAAAGAAAUUGAACCCAUGUAUAGUCCAUUUGAGACAGAAUCCAUGCUUUUGCGAAAUGAUAAUGUAGAGCAUAACAUAUCUAAAAAAGAAAUCUUAAUGAAUGCUGUUAUUACAGAGGAAGAAUAUUUUGUAGCUCCAUUGCAGACUAUCGUACAAGCAUCAUGAAUAUAGGAAACAUACUAAAGGAAUUAAGUUCACAUUUUAUUAGUCUUACAGAAUGUGGGCUUAAAUAUGGCCCUCAAGGUAAAAUGCUACUAAGAAAUCUUGAAGAACAAUGGUUUCUAAAUUGCAUUACAAUGUCACGCUAUAAUAUAUUCUUAUCAGAUGAAUUUAAUCAGACUUUAAA